AUGAUUUUCGUGUAUUCAUUUAUCUUGUUGCUUUUUCUCUCUAAUUUAAGAAAGUAUUUUUCACGAAAAUGUAUCCGACAUCACUGAAAGGAAGUUGCAUUCGUGAAAUGAAAUGUUUGGAUGAAAUAUCUAAGGUAUCUAGUUCGGUUAGUUGCGUGAUAUCAACCUUACAUUGUUGUGAUGGAGAUUGUAUGAAAGAGGAGGAAGUAAACAUCUCCAUCGAAGAGGAUGAUCUAUUACCUUCGAAUUAUAUUGAUAGAAACAUUUUUGGAUUAUUAAUACCUGCAUUGGAAGAAACACUUAUUGAAGCAUCUAAACGGAAUGUUCUUCGAGUUCAGAAGUGUUGUUUUAAUGGUCUCGAUAAUAUCGCGGAGAUUCUAUGGAAUCGUAAUCCACGUCGUUCAAAAAUAUAUUCACCACCUCUAAAUGUAUUUGAUAUACCACCGUUUAAAGAAUAUUUACAUUCACAUCCUAGAUCUUAUUUCCCAAAAUCUUGGUUGUGGUCUGAAGAUGAAGCUGCAUUGCAUAUACAAAGAUAUGUUCGUGGCUGGCUUGUAAGAAAACGUGUGGAUGUUCAAGAAAUGAGGCAAUUUUGGAAGGAUAUUGCAGUUAAUAGUUUCUUUGACAAAAAAGAGAAUUGUAUUGUGCAGUCUCAAAGACUUUUAAGUGAUGUACAAGAUAAUGCAAAGCAUGAAAUAAUUGAUGAAGAUUUGAUUCGUUGUGAAAAAUAUUGAUCAAUGGCAUACACAUAUGCUACAACGCAAAAUUAAAGGAAAGACGCACGUUUUAGAUGUAAAAGUAUAUUAAAAAGUUAUAAUUGA